AUGCUCAACUUAUUAGAAACAUCAUUCAUUCCGAAUAGAUUUAUGAACUACAAUCUUUCCGAGGACAACACAUUUCCCAGUAUGCAUAUAUCAUUGACCCCAUUAGUAAACUACAAAAGGAUGAAAAUGUUAACAUUAUACAAACAGGCAUUUGAGAAAAAGAUAAAGGAGAUCAGACCGCUGUUAACCAAGCUUAAAUCUACCACAUUCACUUUUCAAACUUCACCAAAAAUCCUUUCAAAUUAUGAUUACAGUACAUUUUACUUGGUUUUGCCGCUUUCACAACAAAGUUGUAAGAAUCUUAAACAAUUGUCCGACGAACUAUCACAUAUAAGAAUAGAAUUGUUAAAAGAGCAUCAAAAUAUGGAGCCAGGUGUUUACCCCGGUGAAGAGAAAGAUAAACCAAUUUUAUUUCAACCAUGCAUUCAUUAUACUUUAGGUAAGAUGAAAAUUCCUGCAAGAAAAGAUCAGAAUUUACAUUUUGGAAUGUACGAAACCUACUAUAUGAACGAGGUCCUUCUGAAAACAAAGUCCCAGCUAUCAGAUAUGUUUGGUGCAAAGAUGCAUGAUAUUCAUAAAAUAUCGGACCGAAAGCUUUCCUUGAACACCCAAGAGAUCGAAAAAUUGAAAUUUAUACCCACGGAUUUGACCCUAUCAAUGAGCGGAGGCCAACUAAGGUAUCCAUUAUCUACUUGA